UAGAAGAUUGAAAACAAAACUUUUGUGAAAAAAUACUUUUGAACGUCGUUUCUGAGAGCAAAUUUUCAUCCAAUGUCGUCUAUGACCUUUGGCCAGAAGACUUUUACACCUACUGCACCAGAAAAAGGAAGUUUUCCAUUAGAUCAUGAAGGACUCUGUAGAAAACUGAUGGUCAAUUACAUGAAAUGUCUUUAUACCAAUAAUAACGAUAAUUCUGCAUGCCGGGAAGAAGCUAAAGGUUAUUUAUCUUGUCGUAUGGAAAAUAAUCUUAUGAUCCAGGAAGAUCUAUCGAAAUUAGGAUUUUCAUCACAAGAACAUCAAACUGAACAUCAAACUUCUUCAUAAACUAUGGUGAAGAUUCUAAUAGGGUGUACAGGUAGUGUUGCUACAAUAAAAUUGCCAGUUUUAAUUGAAACAAUUUCCAAAGGAAAAGGAACUUUUUCUUCUGAAAUUGAUGUUCGCAUCUGUUUGACUGAACAUUCUAAGCAUUUUCUUCAAGAUACAGAUUUAAAUGAUGUGUGUAUCUACUCAGAUUCUGAUGAAUGGGCUGCUUGGUCUAAUAGAGGUGAUCCUGUACUUCACAUAGAACUGGCCAAAUGGGCUGAUAUCCUUCUCAUUGCUCCUCUAGAUGCUAAUACAUUAGCAAAAAUUGCCAAUAUCUCAACGCUCAAAUCUUGGGGGUACUAUGAGAUCCCAGUGAUUGAGAAACAAUUAAUUUGUGGAGAUGUGGGUCCAGGUGCCAUGGCCGAAGUAGAGACUAUCGUAGAUUUUUUAAAAAGUGUGAUGAAAGAGAAGAAUAUUGAGUGA